AGAACAGGAAGUAGUGCGCGCACACAGCCGUCCAAUCAUCUGCCUCUAUUCCUGAUCACAUGACCGACCCGGAGCCCGCAUCAGACUGAAAACUAUUCAACAUGGAGACAACAGUGGAAAAGCUGGAGGCGAUGUUUCUGAACUCAGAGGCAGACCUGGGAUACAUCGAGAAGCGGCUGAAGCUCGACUUCAUCAACGUCACCGCGGAGAAUGGGUGUCCCGCUGAGGAAAACCCAGCCUUGAUGUUGGAAAACCUGAUGGCUAUCAAGGCCAAACACGCAGCACUGUGCUCCCAGGUGAAGGAGAUCGUAGCUGCACAGCAAGAGUCAAUGGAUUCGAUCAGGAAAAGCCUCAGUGAUGCCAUGGAGCUGGUGGAACACUUCAAACAGACGGCGGAUGUGGAGGUGGAGCCACUGACAGAGCCUGAGCAGGAGUCUGCAGAGCUGCUGGGUUUGGCUGUCACUCAUGACACAUAAUAGGUGUUCCCCAUACAACAUUACUGAAACGUAAUGACAAACCUAAAUGUACAGUCCUGUCCUCGUACUUAUUCAACUACCUUCAUUCACAGAAGAAAACAUCCGUAAUAGACGAAGAAAGCCUUUUUAUUGUAUCAGAUAUGUAAAGCUGUAUUAAUCAAAUGCACAUGUGCUAAUUGUUUAACUUUGAAUGUGUCGUUUUAGUCAGAUUUGAUUGUUAAAUGAACAUUAAUGGACACAUCUUUCUCAGAGUUUAUGUAUAUUUAGAAUUAAAAAAAACAAUUGUUGAAAAAAA